AUGUCGCUUGGUCUGCUGCGCAUCCCCCAGAAAGAUCCAGAUGAAGAAGAUUCCGUAAAAUCGCAAUGGCGUAUCACCGUUAACCCGUCAGCCAACUUCCUCUCGUCAAGCGAACAGCUUAAAGCACUCAUAAAUCGUCUCUAUCGCAAUCAGGAAUUUCAGAAAUUACUAUCGCCCUCAGAGGCUCGUUAUUUGUCGACGGCACUACAAUGUAUUGAUACCACCUCGGAUCUACUGCUGCCGUUACUUACGGUCAUAUCAAAUGCCACAGCAUUUCCAGCCAAUCAAAGUAUAUUUUCACAAUUCGGUAUCACGGAACGUAUUGCAACAAUGCUCAGCAAAAAUCAUGCUGCACUGCCGAGCUCAUGCAAAAUAAUGCUAGUACAGUGCAUAGCGAAUAUGGCGGUGAGCAAUGAGAACGGAACAAUUCUUCAAAAAAGUAUUCCAUAUUUGGUGAAACGACUUGACUCGACAAUUGAUCUCGAGAGUACAGUUGCAUUCCAAGCUUUAACAAAUCUAUCAACGAAUAUUCUACCGACGCAAAUUGAUAUCUUCCUACCGGCCAUUCCAGCUUGCUUCAAAAGGUUAUGGGUAAAAGGCGAAGCCAAUUUAAAUGCAUUGAGAUUACUUGUAAAUUUAUCAUGUUGUCCCGAUAUGGUUCCACACAUACUCGCUGCUAAGGCAGUGACUGGACUUCUGUCUGUGCUUGACUCAGACAAACCAGAAGUGGUGCUACGUUCGGUCAUCUGGAUACUGUGCAUGUCGUCGGCAGUUGAAGUGCUCUCAAUAUCAUACGAUGUUAUUGCACCGUUCAACGCUGAUCCUUUCGCAAAUCCACAUUAUACCAUCUAUUUUGCUAUUUACGGUGCUAAGGGCAGACGUGAACUGGAGAAGAGACUGCGUGAGAUGUGUUCAGGUGAUGGCGAACUAGCGACUAAAUCUAAACGAUUGUUGGACAUUUUAUCACGAAUUCCUGAAGCGCGAUCCUGUGUUUCUCAUUUGAAUCGUCUUUGA